CCAUAUUUCCCCCUUUCGACGACACCAAGAAGGACUAGAAAAGUAGCAAGCAUGUCGACGCUCACCAGUACGGACAUGGGCGAGCUCAAGCGCCCCACCACGCGCGUGCACGCGCCUCCGGGAGGCGGUUCCAGCUGGAGCUUUGGCGAUUACUCAACACCCGCAUCUACGGGUCGCAAGCGCGUCAACCAGCCACAGACUCAGCCUGAACAGGAUACUAAGAUGGAGUCACCGCGUUCGUCGCCGCCUCCCGCGCCCGUGCAGAUUCAGAAUCAGAAUGAAACGCAGGUCACUUUUCAGACAGAAUCAGCAGUGCGCGUGGCGCUGCUCAAAACCAGCAGCGACGCUGAGAUCGUCGAUACAGCCGUGCAAAACUGCCAGGCCAAGCUGUCAGAGGCUGUAAACUCGGAGAUUUUUACAGUUGCAAACAUUGAACAGCUGCCAUACGCUGCCAAUAAACUCACAGAGUUCGGCGGCUUCGACGGCGUCAUCUGCUUCGGCUUCUUGAACACGCAGGACCCGCAGUUCACUGCGAUCAGUGCAGCCUUGACGCAAAGUCUCAUCAAAAUUAGCGUCAAGAACGUGCGUCCAGUAGUCCACGCUGUCUUCAUCGGAGAGCCUCGUGUGGCCUCUGUGAAGGUUCGAGGAGGCUGGGGUGCCGAGUUCGCGGAAGGAGUCGUACCUUUGAUCAACUUGGGCGGGUUUAUUGGGCCUAUCGCACACCCGGCGUCUGGAUCUCCCGUAAAAAAGCACUUCGAGGUCAGUCGGGGCAACGUUCUACCUGCUAAGCUGCUCCGUGGAUCUAAAACUGUGCUACAAUCGCUCGAGAUCCUCCGAGACUCACUAUACGAGCACGGAGCCAAGGGUAUUCGUGGCUUGGGACGCAAAUUCCGCAUCAUUGACGACGAUGGCAACCGCUCACUGAGUCUGGAUGAGUUCAGUAAGGCCAUUCGUGAACAUGCUCUUGAACUCAACGAGCAAGAAGUGGAGGAAUUGUUCCAUUUCAUCGAUACCAACAACUCUGGAGGCGUGGACUUUGACGUGUUUCUCUUGGCUGUACGUGGUGAGCUGAACGAGCGUCGCACGCAGUUGGUUCUGGCGGCUUUCAAGAUCCUAGAUGCAGACGGGAGCGGCGUCGUGGACCUGGAUGACAUUAAGGCAAAGUAUAGUGCUAAGCAGCACCCCGAUGUGCUACAAGGCCGUAAGACGGAGGACGAAGUGCUGCUUGAGUUCCUGGACACAUUCGACGGUGGGGAGAAGGAUGGAAAGGUCCAUCCGAGCGAGUUUGUGCGCUAUUACGCUAAUGUGAGCGCGUCUAUCGAUGAUGACGACUACUUUGAGUUGGUGAUCCGUAACGCGUGGCACAUGAGUGGAGGGGAGGGCUGGUCGGCCAAUACGACGUGUCGUCGGGUGCUUGUGAAGCACGAGGAUGGCAGACACACGAUUGAGGAAGUGAAGGACGACAUCGGUAUUGGUGCUGGAAACGUGGAGGCUAUUCGCGAAAAUCUCCAGGCCCAGGGUAUCAACGAUAUUCAGUCUGUGAGCACGACAGGUAACGUCCAGGCUGAGAGUGACGCUAAUAAGCGCUCGAACGACAGCUUCCAACCGCAGGUGGCACGAAAGAAGCAACACGGAGCCGGACAAAGCUCCAUCAUCUUCGGCUAGACUGACAAAACAUAGCAAGCUGAAGUCAAGCCAUUCAAUAAAACACGUUUAGAAACGCCAAUUUCUAUUCAAGCUUUAUGUAUUCGCUCUACUAGUAUUAACAGUACAACUUUAAUCAACGCUCUAAACUACUACGUGGGGAUAUGCGUGCCUCAA